AUGGCUUCUCUUCAUGACACUCCAACAUCUUCAGCUCCCAUACCCCACUUCUUCAAGAUCAUUCUAGAUGACACUUCUAAAAACAUCAGAAUUAAAAUUCCAAUGAAGUUUGUGAUGAAAUAUGGAGAACAUUUAUCAAGUCCAGUACAUCUUAAACUUCCAAAUGGUGCAGAAUGGGAAAUAGAACUCAGAAGAUGCAACAAUGGUGGGGUUUGGUUUGACAAGGGUUGGCCGGAGUUCUCCAAGUUUUGCUCUCUUGACUACGGUAAUUGGCUAGUCUUUGGAUACGAAGGGAACUCAAACUUCCAUGUUUUAAUAUUUGAUAGAACAUCUACUGAGGUUGAAUAUGCCAUAACAAAGCCCGAAAUGGAAGAAACUGAUUAUGAAGAAGAAGAUGAUAACUCUGUAGAAAUCUUGGAUGGUUUUCCACCCUGCCCAAGAAAGGCAAGGGAGAAAUCUCCAUUGCCAUGUCCUCAGCCGCACAAGAAAAUGAGAACAUGUGGUAAAGCAGAAUGCAACAUCAACUUUAGACCAACAAAGACUCAAACUUCUCUGAGAAACAAAGCCUCAGAUUCCUCAAGAUCAGAAAUGAAAAAGGAAGAUGAAUCAGAUGAUGAUUCUGUUGAAACAUUGGACGCGUUUCCCUCCUGCCCAAAAACAAGGGACAAAUCUCCAUUAGCACCAUCAGAGGUCAAAGAUCGUGUUGGGAGGAUGCAUGCAUCAACUACAUGUGGAAAAUCCAUAGCUCUUCAGAGAGCUAUUGCUUUUGAAUCUGUAAGCCCUUCUUUUACUGUUGUCAUGCAGCCAUCGUACAUCCCAUACGGUCCUUUGACUCUGCCAAUUAGGUUUGCCCGGAGUUUCGUCAAACUGAGGAAGCAAACCGCGACUCUUCAGGUUAGAGAGAGAUCGUGGCCUGUGAAUUUGAUUGGUUGGACUAAAGAAUCAUCAGCUAAACUUUCUGGUGGCUGGCCUGCAUUUGCGACGGAAAAUUGUUUGAGGAGAGGAGAUGUUUGUACGUUUGAGCUCAUCGAGAGAAACGACAUUGUACUGAAAGUUCACAUUUUCAGAAAUUGA